CUAAAUUGCGGCCAUACAAUAAUGCUACGAUACAAUUGCUGCAUUUCAAUUUGCCCGUACACGGCGAAACAACCUUCGUUCCAUAGGACACAGCACCGUGUUUCCUCCAGUCUUUCCUCUGGUGACAUUACCCUUCGCGGUGGUGGUGGUGGUGCCGCCUCCGCCUCCUCCUCCUCCCGCCUCCGUGAUCUUGUUUUCGUCGUAAACCCUCAAGGUGCUAAUGGUAGAACAGCCAAGGAAUGGAAGAAGUUGCUUCCUUACCUACGAUCUCGUCUUGGUAAAGACUGUAACAUAUGCGAAUCAUUAACAACGGGUCCUUCUCAUGCCAUUGACAUUACAAGAGAGGCUAUUAGGGAUGGUGCAGAUGCUGUAAUUGCCGUAGGAGGUGAUGGAACACUGCAUGAGGUUGUAAAUGGAUUCUUUUUGGAAGGCGAACCUGUAGGUAGUCUCAACAGCGAAGCUAGUCAUUCGGCUGCACUUGGUCUGAUUCCCUUAGGUACUGGCUCGGAUUUUGCUAGAACAUUUGGUUGGAAAAAUGAUCCCUGUGAAGCCGUGGAGCGCAUUGCUAGAGGGGUACGAUCACGGGUUGAUGUCGGUGUGAUUGACCAUGAAGGAAGGGAUUCACAUUACUUCAUUAACGUUGCAGAUGUUCAUUUGAGCGCAAAGGCAGGUUUUUACGCAUCAAAGUACAAGAAAUUUGGAAACUUGUGCUAUGUAAUUGGUGCCCUGCAAGCUUUUAUGGGUCAUCAUAACCGAGAUAUGAGAAUCAGGAUCAAUGGAGGUGAAUGGGAAAUAUAUUCUCAAGUCACGGCUCUCUGCGUUGGAAACGCUAAAUACUUUGGUGGAGGAAUGAAAAUCACUCCCAACGCCGUCCCUGGAAAUGGAAAUCUUGAGGUUGUUGUUCUUCAAGACUUCAAAUGGUACGAUUUCAUACUGAAACUUCAUAAGCUAUACAAUGGGACGCAUCUCUCGGUUAACAAUGUGAGCUCAAGAAGUGUACAAAGUAUCGAAGUGGAAGAGGUUUCAGACAGUGGAAGUAUCUAUGUUCAGUCAGACGGAGAACAUCUUGGAUUUCUACCUAGAAAGUUUCGGCCAAGAAUGGUUGUUUCUCUUCCCUUUCAUUCUAUCACCACCGUCAACACCAGCUACUCCGGCGAUGGUGGCCGUUCAAUAUCCCGACGUUAUCGUAGAUUCGAAUCAACUGGAUUGAGUUGCAGAGGACAGAUUCCUACCAACGAGCCACAGUCAAGUAAAGGAGCCGAGCCAGAGAAUGUCUUACUCAAAAUCGCUUGGUACGGAUCCGAGCUACUCGGAAUCGCUGCUUCCGCUUUCCGAUCUCCGGCGUCUCCUCUUCCUCCGACUGUAACAGGCUUUGAGGUUCCGGUCGAUUGUUCGGGAAGAGCCGUUCGUGUAGCCGUCGUGGACUCGAUCAAACAAGACUUCAAGCGAUCGUAUUUCGUCACAGGGAACUUGACGCCGGAGGUUUAUGAGGAGAAGUGUGAAUUCGCCGAUCCUGCUGGAUCCUUCAAGGGUCUUACUCGUUUCAAAAGGAACUGUACUAAUUUCGGAUCCCUGAUCGAGAAAUCGAAUAUGAAGCUCAUGAAAUGGGAAAAUUUCGAGGAUAAAGGAGUGGGACACUGGAAAUUUAGCUGUGUCAUGUCGUUUCCAUGGAAACCCAUUCUCUCAGCAACUGGUUACACGGAGUACUAUUUCGACACAGAGUCCGGGAAAAUUUGCAGACACGUGGAGCAUUGGAAUGUUCCUAAGAUUGCUCUGUUUAAGCAACUUCUGAGACCCAGUCGUGGAGAUUAA